AUAACUUGAUAUAUUCUCUUCUUCAGUAGAGCUAGAACAUAGACCUAGAAAAUGUCUAUGAAUGCAAUUCAUGUAAUGAUGUUUCCAUGGUCUGCCUUUGGCCACUUGAUACCAUUUUUCCAACUUUCCAUAGCCUUGGCCAAAGCUGGUGUUCGUGUCUCCUUCAUAUCAACUCCCAAAAACAUUCAAAGGCUUCCCAAACUUCCUUCAACUUUAGCUCAUUUGGUUGAAUUGGUACAACUUCCUUUGCCAACAUUAGACAAAGAGCUCUUGCCAGAAGGUGCUGAGGCCACAGUAGACAUUCCAUUUGAACAAAUUCAGUACUUGAAGUUAGCAUAUGACCAACUGCAGCAUGCUGUGAAGCAAUUUGUGGCCAAUGAGUCACCAGAUUGGAUAAUCUGUGAUUUCAGUCCCCACUGGAUGAAAGACAUUGCCCAAGAGUUUCAGGUAAGGCUAGUUUUCUAUUCUGUUUUCUCAGCCUCUGCAAUGGCAAUAAUUGGACCGUGUACGAGGAAAUUUCCCAUAUAUCCAGAAAGUCUAACAGUACCACCAGAGUGGGUGACAUUUCCAUCAUCAGUGGCUUUUCGAAGACAGGAGGCAAUAGCUUUUUGUGCUGGUGUCAACCAGGUAAAUGCUUCUGGGGUAUGUGACUGGGAAAGGAUGGCCACGGUAUGCGGUGCCUCUAAAGCUGUAUUAUUCCGUAGCUGCAACGAGAUUGAAGGAGAAUAUCUGAAUUUAUUCCAGAAACUUGUUGGGAAGCCUGUGAUUCCCAUUGGUUUAUUGCCUGUAGAAAGGCCAGAAAGAGAAAGAGGAAUUGUUGAUGGGUGUAGUGAUGAUAUAUUUGAGUGGCUUGAUAAGCAAGGAUCCAAAUCAGUUGUAUUUGUAGGGUUUGGCAGUGAGUGCAAGCUGAGCAAGGAUCAAGUUUUUGAGAUAGCUUAUGGACUUGAGGAGUCUCAAUUGCCAUUUUUAUGGGAAUUAAGAAAACCAAGUUGGGCAAGCACUGAUCAGGAUUCUGUACCUUAUGGUUUUCAUGGAAGGACAUCUAAUAGAGGAAUUGUUUGUAUGGGAUGGAUACCACAGCAGGAAAUAUUGGCACAUCCAUCUAUCGGGGGCUCUUUGUUUCACUCUGGCUGGGGCUCAGCCAUUGAAGCCUUACAGUUUGGUCAUAGCCUAGUUGUAUUACCCUUCAUUAUAGAUCAACCUCUUAAUGCAAGGUUUUUGGUGGAAAAGGGAUUAGCCAUCGAAGUGAAAAGAAAUGAAGAUGGGUCAUUCACAGGAAAUGACAUUGCCAGAUCCCUUAGACAAGCUAUGGUAUUGGAGGAAAGUAAGAAGCUCAGAAUUAAUACAAGAGAAGCUGCUGCAGUUGUAGGAAACUUGAAGCUGCACCAGGAUCUUUACAUAGCUGCAUUUGUUCAGUUUCUUAAAGAUGAAACUGGAAACUAACAUGAAGUUGAAGAGUUCGUAACAGUAUUCUGGGUUGGACUGAUAGUCAUUUAGUUUUUAAUAUUUCUUGUUUUCACAUUCUCUCUGAAACAUCCGUCUGCCACUGUCAAUUUUAACAAUUCGAACAAUCAUUUAUGUGAAAAAUAUUAGUGAACUGGUUUGUAUUGAACAAUCAUUUAAAUAAACUGUUCCUGUUCUUGUUCAA